AGGUGGUUCAUGAAAUACGUCUUCCAAACUGCACAUAUCGUCGCAUCAGAGGUGCGAGAAACGCAGGAUUUCCUGUGGUAUCGCUGAACUGGACACAUCCAAGUUUUAGAUUCGCAGAAGUACCCUAGCCCAAUUUAACCUCCAUCGAUUUAAUGUCUUAAUCAAAACCUUCUCAUCGGUACGUGCCCUAGACUACACCUCGACGUAGUUAGUCUGAAAGAAGUCAUCAAAGAUGUCCGAAGCCACAGUGGCCGACACUCGCCGGUUAAACUCUAAACCGCAGGACCUGACGGACGCCUACGGCCCUCCCAGCAACUUUCUGGAAAUCGAUGUGUACGACCCGCAGACUAUAGGAGUUGGCCGCAAUCGCUUCACCACUUACGAAGUCCGGAUGAAGACAAAUCUUCCCAUUUUUAAACUGAAGGAGUCGUGUGUUAGACGAAGAUACAGCGACUUCGAGUGGCUGAAGAAUGAGCUGGAAAGAGACAGCAAGAUUGUUGUGCCUCCAUUGCCUGGAAAGGCAUUGAAGAGACAGCUUCCCUUCCGUGGAGAUGAGGGCAUUUUUGAGGAGUCCUUCAUUGAGGAGAGACGAUCUGGGCUUGAACAGUUCAUCAACAGAAUUGCAGGUCAUCCUUUGGCCCAGAACGAACGCUGUCUUCACAUGUUCCUGCAGGACGAAAGUAUUGACCGGAACUACAUUCCUGGAAAAGUGUGAAUGAAGCCUGUGAUCCAAAGGUUUUGGUAAACCCCCCCCUCCUCCCUGUCCUGGACCCAUCUGCUCUACCAGCUCUUUUCUGCACAUCAGUCAAAGCCUUUUACAGCUGCUGUCCAUGAUAUCCUGUAUAUAUUUCUAUUCUUGAAUAGAACUAGACUACAACACCUAUUUCACCCUGAGGAUGAACUCAUCUUAAUGCUGUGUUUAUACCUCAUGCACUCGUUUUGUCGAAAGACACAUUCUUUUUUGCUGAUCUUAAAACAAAUAUUGCUCUCUCUAAAAAUAGUGCUUUCUGUGUUUAUUCUAGUUAAAACUCCUGGCUUAAACCUUUUAGGCAACCCACAGUGUUUUCUCCAAAAAUAUAUGUAUAUUAUAAGGAGAAUUUGAUCAGGCCACAUGACACUCCUUGGUGUAUUCUUGAUUUAAUGGUUAUUAAUUGAUUGACAAAUUAAUUAGAUUUAAAGCAACAAGCUUCCGUUCUACAGAAAAUGAUAUCAUCUCAAGAAUUAAUUAAGUCACAACACAAAACCAGAGAACAAUUUUUAUCAAGAUGACACCCUCUCACCAAAUGUAGCACUUCGGAAGCUAAAAUUGGGAUUGCCUCUCGACAACGUCUUCCUUUACAUUCCGUAUUUCAUUCGUAUCAUUUUGACUUUGACUAAAUAUGUUAUAACAAGGCUUUUGCAACCAUGUUUAAAUGUAUUUUCUUUUUUUUUUUUAGUGUCCGUGUAUAACUAAAGCUUUGGGAAUGUACAUAUUCAAUCACUGUGAUAAACUGAAUUCCAUUAUGACAAAAUGUCACAUUUGCUGUUACGUUUCUAUACGCCAUCUCUUCAAAUGAGUUGUUAUUUUCUGGCUCUUACUAUUCUGGUUAUUUUCAGGACUAUGUGUAAAGAAAAGGGCACUAAUUGAUUUUUAAACUGCCAUCCUUUCUACCCAUAAAUAAACCCUUCUCUGUCUC